AUUAUCUCUGUGUUUCGUGGCGUAUGAAUGUGGUCUAUUGGAGAAGGUGUUUGUUUAUUGAACCGUUUGAGUGACAUAGUCACCCACCGAGACACCCGGACCUGAUCGUUUAAAAUAGGCUCAGUGGCUGGGACCAAGAUGGCGCAGAUUCAAUCCUUUUUAGGAAAGUAACUCUAACUAAGUAGGAGAAGAUAUUCCACGGGAAUGUUAAAGAGAGGUGAGUUUUGGUUUAUGCGCUUUUCCACCAAAUAUCUCAUCACAUACCUGUAUCUUAUCAAAUAUCUCAUCAAAUAUCUCAUAAUAAACCUGUAUCUCAUCAAAUAUCUCAUCAAAUAUCUCAUCAAAUAUCUCAUCAAAUAUCUCCUCAAAUAUCUCAUCAAAUAUCUCAUCAAAUAUCUCAUCAAAUAUAUCAUCAAAUAUCUCAUCAACUAUCGGUAUUUAAUAAAUACCCAUCAAAUAUUGCAUACAAUAACUCAUCAAAUAUCUCAUCAAAUACCGAUAUCUCAUAAUAACUCAUCAAAUAUCUCAUAAAUUCAGGGGCGUAGGAAGGAGGCUGCGGUGCGCCCCGGGUGCCACCUAUUAUAUGUUCAAAGGUGACAAUUUGGGCCAACUGCCUAUUUUUUUCGUGACCUCUCCCCUCUCUCUCACCAUCUUCCUCUCCCUACCCACUAUCCCCUUCUCUCACCAUCUUCCUCUCCCUACCCACUAUCCCCUUCUCUCACCGUUUGUUCCACACACACACGCACCAUCAAAACACAAACCAAACAAAUAAACAGACACACUAACGCCCUCUAUCUCUCUCUCUCUCUCUCUCUCUCUCUCUCUCUCUCUCACCAACAUAAAAGAGGGGGGUUGGGAGAGUCUCUUUCAACUGCACUGGACACACAUGGCCCAUUUUCAAACAGACGUGGCACUAUUUCUGUUCACACAAAUGUUUAGAACUAAACAAACAUCUCAAUAAGCUUUUAGAUUAACCCUAAGCGAUCCCCGUGGAUUAAAAUUAAUUACCUUCUCCUACCGUGUGAGAAAUGCCUGUUAGACAUAUUUUUCUUUUCCUGUAAGAAAAAUUCAAAAUACCAGAACUACAACCAUUUUCCAUUAAAAGAGGGGUCCCGUUUUAUUUAUGUCUGAGAUAGUACCCCCCACCCCCACCCCCCUUACAAAAAUCACUAGCUCAGAUAUACAAUGGUGUUAAAAAAUUAAAAGUUGCCCCCAUUAAAAUCGGUUUAGAAAUACUAUAGGCCGAGAUCCAUUAAUUGACAUAGAACCUAUAGUGUUAUCUUAGCCGAAUGGUGUUUAUAACGCUUAUAUAACAUAUAAUUUAAAAUGAAAUGGGGCCAAAUGAGUGGACUUUUUGGAGUUCAGUACCUCUCGGAAUUUGAAUAUGGAUAAUCAAGAUCAUGUGUACUAACUUGGUCAAGAUGGUCAAGAUCCUUCCAUUCACAUAGGAGUAUUUAUUUGUAAUUUUAUUUAUUUAUAAAUAUAACACUGGCAUUGUUAUUUGUUAAAUGUAAGUUUCUACCCUAAAGCCUUUUAUACACCAUUAUGCCCAGGGCCUUGCGAGGAGGGGCGCAGAGGGCACCCCGGGGGCCAGCAUCAUAGAGGCACCAUAAUCUUCAAUACAUUUGAAGCCGAAAAAGGAAAUAAACGUAAUAUUUGCGUGUAUCAUUUAUUGAUCUUUUACCUUUUUUUUUUAAACUGUGUGUUGGGGGGGGGGGUUUGGGGGGGGGUAUUUUUCAGUUUUUGUCCCGGGCGCGACUUUCACGGUUCUUAUCCAUUCCAAUAAUUCCGUUGUCAAUUUAUAUUAUGUCUUCAUAAAAUGUUACAACCAUUUUGGAAUUUUUAAACAAGCAUAUUUCAAGUCCUUCCUUUUGAGUAUAAUUUUCAUCUUUUAUAGAUUUUUCACUCCAAAUAAUUUUUUUUUUUAAAUCUCAGAUUUGAGAAGCUUGUCUCGUCUGCUGCCGCAAUCCUUUCUCGUCCUGUUAAUUCUUGGACCAGCCAUGUAUUAUGUCGGAUUCUACACCAUCAUUCAAGAACAUACCACAAAACUUAUUUUCAGCAUGGACUCAAAAGGAAAACUUGAAACUUUGACACAACCUGACAGUGGCGUCAAUCUUACGGACAUCCGUUACAGCUUAAAAUCACGCUUGCAUAAUUCAAAGACUCGUGUGAUAGUGAGGGACUCCGCUUCGACACGAAAAAAGGAAUCUGAAAAAGAACACAAGCCAGGGAGAGUCACAGCCCACAAUAAUCAUAAAUAUAUCCGAAACAAUAAGAAGGCGUCUCUUAGCCGUGGCGUUAAGGUUGGCAAAAGGGAUUCCGGGGAAGAAUCUCUGGCGUGUGUCUUCCCUCGCGUCAACCCAUUCGACCCGGAAAUAAUGGCCAUGUCCGGCCUCAACUUGAGAACACUUGAGUGUCACGCUAAAUUACCCGACCUGCUGUACAUAGAUGGGAACACAUUGGCCAUCAACAAAACUAAAGUGCACGAAAAGCUGGGAGGGAUCCAAAUCACGUGUCAAUAUCAGGAAAUACUUCCGGGUCAUAAUUUCCUAGGACCUUUAAAACCGCCUUUUAACGACUUUCAAGUGCUCCCAAAGAGUUCUGAGUUCAUCAGGGUGGUUUGUCAAGACGGUGGUCAGAAAGUUGUGUCAAGGAUGUACUUUGCACUUAUACCCAAACGAGAAAAACGUAGCCAGGUCGAGGCCCUGCUGUUGAAAAAACGAGAGAUGGAGUCGGCUCCCAGGGAGACGCUGAACGUCAUCAUGAUCGGCGUCGACGGGGUGUCACGGCACCACUUCAUGAGGUCCAUGACGAGAACGUAUCCCUUGCUGAUGAACGACUUCCGCUCCUUCGACAUGUCCAUGUACACGCAGGUCGGGAAAAACACGUUCCCCAACUUUAUCCCGCUGCUGACGGGACGGUCCGAGGACGAGAUCAACACGUGGUGGGAUUUCUCAAAGUACACGGACGGCUUCGAUCUGGUGUGGCGGGACUACGCGAGGGCCGGGUACACGACACUGUACACAGAAGACUGGCCGACCAUCGGGGCGUUCAGCUACGAAAAGAAAGGAUUCCUUGUCAACCCAACGACACAUUUUAGUCGGUCGCUGUGUGUUGUCAUGGAGCACGACAAGGAGAUUUGGAACACGGGGAAUCAGUGCGUCGGGGAACAGCCGGAAGUGAACUUUCAUUUCGAUUACGUCAAGCGACUGUUCGAUACUUUCCAUGACAAGCCGUUGUACGCCAUGGCGUUCUUGACAAAAGUUUCGCACGACGACAUGACCCAUCUUAAAAUCGCAGACGAGCACGUGUUUAAUUUUUACCGAGUGCUUCAAAAGUCCGGGUAUUUGAACAACACCGUGCUCAUCACAUUCUCCGACCACGGGCCGAGAUGGGGUCCAAUAAGGUCCUCUAUUAACGGCAUGUACGAAGGUCGCACGCCAUUCGCAAUCUUUACGUUCCCGAAAUGGUUCCUCGAAAAAUACCCGGAUGUUGCUAGGAACCUAAAUACGAACACAGGUCGCCUUACGACCCACUACGACACACACGCGACGCUGACGGAUCUGCUGUACUUCCGGGGUAACGGAGACGCCCCUGUUAGAAAAAAUAAACAUGGGAUAAGUUUAUUACAAAAAAUACCUAAAAAUAGAACGUGCAAGGAUAUCCCCAUACCAGAGGAGUACUGCCUCUGUGGGCAGAGCACGGUGGAACGCCUUGAUACCUCCACAGAACCAGCAAAAAUCCUGGCGAAGACGACACUGGCCGCCAUCAAUUUAAAGAUCAACAAGACAAUAUGCGUGGCUUUAAAAAUAGAAGAAAUUCUUCAGGUGGUUAAGGUUGAGCUACCAAAGAAUCUUUCUGAGGGGAAACACGACAAAUACCUAUUCAGGGUGCGGUUACAGACUACGCCAGGACACGCUGUUUUCGAGGCUACUGUCUUCGCACGCGAAGUUGUUCCGCAGACCUCAUUUUGGGGCACCAAGAACCAUUUUAUAAUUGAUGUCGCAGAGCGGAUAGACAGACUUAAUCUGUACCGCGGUCAGGCAGACUGCGUCAGUGACGCAAGGAUAAAGGCGUUUUGUUAUUGUAAAAAUUUGCAUAAUGAAUAUUGAAUUAAAUAUUUAUUUAACUUUAAGGUAAAGUGAGGUUUUCUCUUUUUUCCCAAUACACAUCGAGCACCGCCCGUUACAGAGUGAAUCCUUUGGGAAAAUAGAAAUGUGUGCCAAGAAUGAAAUUCGUCAGUUUCUCAAGUAGAGACGGCAACUUGCUCAUAAUCUCAAAGAAUCAUAAAGUGCCGCCUCUGCAGAUCUUCUAUGUAUAAAAAUAUGGGUAAAAGCAAUCAUUAAAAAAAAACAUAUUAUAAAAAUAUGUGAGUGCCUAAAAAAACGUAUAUUGUUUUUACAGACUUACGUACGUUUCUUACAAACAGAUUCUGUCAUAGAAGGAAUGAACAGACCAAUUGAAAGGAGCGAAUUAAUGUAUGGUACAUACCUCGUUUCACUAUUUCAUUCAUUUACAUAGCUUGAAAGCAGUCCCUUCAUUUAUUUCUUCUUUUCAAAACCAGUGAGAAGGUAUUAAGGCCCUGUGCAACGAAUUAAGUCAAUCAUUUGAGGUCUUUCAUUUCACCGGCUGGUGAACUUUGUUUUUUGUUUUUUCAAUUUCAAUAUUUUUUUUUUUCGUAUUUCCCAUUGAAAACAAACAAUAACAUCUGAGUUGAUUCAAGACGAUGCUGGUUUAUAGGCAUAGGGUAAUAGAGUAUAGAGUUAUAGGGUAUAGGGUUAUAGCAUAAUGUGAAGAGUAUAAAAAUAAAAUCUAGAGAGCUAGCACGUUUCAUAUACUAAAAGGUAUCACAUGUAUUGAAUGUUCAAAAAGUGUCUAAAAAAAAACAAACCGAGGCUGUCUCCUUUAAGUGUUGUUGUUCGUCCGUCGAGGAUCGACGAUGACCAUCGAGUCGUCUGGUGACUGAUGACUUGCGCGGGUGACUUUUGUUUAAAGUGAGGAAGAUUUGCGCAGCGUCAACCUCACUCUCUCGUCCGAGCCCACCACAUCCAGUGUCAAGACUCUACGUCAAGACGACCAGGGAUGGGUACGGUUGCAGGAAUGGACAUUGUAUGCGCCUUACGGGACUCCAACUCCGGGUUUGAAUUCAGAGUUUCCUUCUCUUAGAUGAGUUGCCGACCAAGGUUAACGAUUCUCACCCACCCGGAAAGUGUAAUGAGUUUUCAAACAUGUUUCUAAACACGUGGUUGAAUUUUAGUCGAUCUAACAUAUCUAUGUAUCUAUUUCAAUUUGUCGUUCCAGCGAGGAAUAUAUCGAUAAAUAUAUCGAUAAAAAAACUCUAAAAUGAUCAAUUGGCACACGUGUGAACAGAUUAUAUUUCCAUAAUUGCACCUAAAUUGUGGAACAGUUGGUCACAAUCUUUAAGGUAAAUUUACAAUACUAAAAUGUCGUUUAAGAAAAAUUGAAAGACUCUUUUUUUAAAAUUAGAUUUAAGGACACCCGAACGCUGUGAGCAUGCUAAAAGAGCAUGGACAGAAGCGCCAUCAAAUUACUCAGUCAUCAUCAUCAUCAUCAUCAAUAUCAUCAUCAUCAUCAUCAUCCAGUGACAUUCAUUUUGAGAAUUUGCAUAUUUUUGGUGCAAAGUUUUUGAAUCUGUAAGUCGAAGUCAUGUUAUUUUAAAUGAUUCAUUGGACAUAAUUUUUUUUUCUCAGUCAUAUAUGUUACGACCAACACCGGAAGUACUGUCAGUUCCCGAAUUGCUUGGCCAUUUCACAUUUUGGCCAUUAGGUGUUGCCAAAGUCUGACGUUCUUGAAAUGAAAAGUAUAUGCUACAUAGGCCGACAAUUUCUUGAAGCAGCUGGAAAUCCCUGCAUACGGACAAUAUUUUCAAAGGACAAUCCUUAUGAAUUUUUAAAACAAAUUAUUACAAUGAUCUUUUUGUUGUUGGCAAGUCAAUCUUACACCCUGUGCCUACUUCAGAAAACGAUUCUUUAGCGAAUUAUAAACAAAUUAUGAAUUUUCUAGUUUCAAGUUAUGAAUUUUCUAGUGUUGUAAAGUUUAAAUAAUUUAAACAAAUCAGCCUCCACCCCCCCCCCCAACCAUAAGCAGACAUAUACAAACGUGACAGUAAUCGAUACUCCAAACAAACAUUUUAUACAUAAAAGACAUUUCUAUUCAAUCGUUGCGUUUAGCUCAGUAAACACAUUUUUUAUUUCGAAUUGUUUGCCUCACCUGUACUUUGAGAAUAGGUGUUUAUUGACUUGAAUGUCACAAAAAACAACAAACUAUCGUCAGCAAUAACAGCAAUCCUGGUUUCAUAACAAUCUCCGGACAUGGCGUGACGCAGUUGAAAUUCAUGCAAAUAACUUGUUGUAAAUGUACUGAUAAAGGAAUUAGCCGAGACGUAUUAAUUUUUCUUCUAUUGCCGAAAGGUUUACUAAAAUGUUUGUCUCUUACUAAUGAGAAUGCAAAGAUGCGAAUCAAAUCUUCAACAGCGUCUCACGAUGGAACGGUAAGACGCACAGAAUGAUAGGCUUUGAAUCACCACAAAGUCUCUCUCAACAGAGCCGUUCUUAGGCAUAGGCAAAGUAGGCGACCGCCUAGGGCCCCACUGCCAAUAGGUCCCGGCUGGGCGUCUUUUUUAGCCUACAACUUGAAAGUCCAUAUAUUAUAACUUCACAAUUCUGUUUUCUCCUCAGCUCCGGGGGUGUCCCCCCCCCCUUUCCGGGGCCCCCUACCUACGCUCAUUACCUAGAGCCCCCAAAAUCCCAAGAACGGCUCUGCUCUCAACCUUUAUACUUAAAAUAAACAUAACACAAGAUAUCAUGGGGUCAGCACUCUGGAUCACCAUCAGGUGCAAUAGAUAUAAUCAUGAAAUGCUACAAGCAUUGUGGAUUGUUUUCAAGAAAUCUUGUCUUAUGUUACUUUAAGGCAUUGAUUAGUAUGACCUAUGUACAAUAAUGAGGAAGC